AUGUUUCACCUGCUAAAACGUAACCGCGCAUCCAAAUUACGGAGCGCGCUCAUUAACAACAGGAUGCCCUAUGGCUCAACCCCCGAGGGUGAAAGUACCCAACCAAAUGCACACAACCAAAUUAUCCACCUCACCAGUGACGCAAUUAACAAAAUGAAGCAAAUCAAUUUGAAGUAUAAAAACUCAAAAGCUUUGAAGGUAUCUGUAGAAGCUGGGGGAUGCUCAGGCUUCCAGUAUUCCUUUUCCCUAAUUGACAAAACAAACAUACAGGAGAAAGACCUAGUCGCUUAUAAUAAAGAGUGCCUCGUAGUCAUUGAUAAAGGGGCGGCAGAAAUGCUUCGGAACUCCAAAAUAGAUUACACCAAUAAUCUCAUUGCAAAAAAGUUUGUCAUUGAAAAUAUUCAGAACCUCUCAUCCAAGUGUUCCUGUGGUAACUCCUUUGAUGUUAAAUUGUUUUAA